UCGGGUUCCGCGUCUGUAUCUUGCAGCAAUAAUCGGGUUCCACGUCUGUAUCUUGCAGCAAUAAUCGGGUUCUGCAUCGGUAUCUUGCAGCAAAAUCCAUUUUCCGUCUGGGAUCUCAGCCUCUCCAUUAGGCGGUUUAUCUAGAACUCGCA